UCCUCUUCAGCUCUGUUUUGACUCAGUGCAGAAAUGUUACAUAUUUCAGCUGCAGCUUUAUUGCUCUUUGAGACGGGUUUUCUCCAAGUUGUGUUUUCAACAGCAAGUAUACAAACUCAUCCAGGACAAAGUGUCACUAUGUGGUGUUCACACAAUAUCCAAGUUUCUGGAUAUCUGUGCUGGUUCAAACAAUCAGACGGUGCUGUACCCAUUACUAUUGUAUACAUGUUAUACACCGAAAGUCGUCAGAAGGCUGAGCCAAAUUAUUGCAAAAAUUUCACAAAAGAUCACCUGGUCAUGGAUCAGUUCAGCAAAAGCACCUCCCUAACAAUUAAGAAAGUGAACAUUUCUGAUUCUGGAUUCUACUUUUGUGGAGCUACAGGUUAUCACAUGAAAUUUGGCAAUGGAACCAGACUUAAAGUAAAAGCACAUGCUGAGAAUCACCACAAUUUAAAUACCAUUGUAAAUGCCACAAUGAUAAAUGACUUGCCAAAUUACACAGGAUCCCCAAAAAAUGAUCAUGAGAAAUCACCCGUGUCUGAGGAGUGUUCUAGAGACAUCUAUUUCAAACUGACCCUCCUAUUUGGUGGAAUAAUUUUUUUUAUUUGUAUCAUUCCUCUUAUUCUGGCGAUUAUUAGGGAACACAGAAGACAGAAGCACAAAAAAGAGCAACUGUUUGUCUUUUUCUCUGCUUUGUGCCAGUCGCUGAAUGUCAAGCACAACAGCAUGAUGACAAGGAAAAUGAUUCAGUAGAAUAUACUGCUGUGUAUUUCUCAAACCAAAGAACCAAAAAAAGCAGGACGACAUACUGAGGAUACAACUGCUGUAUACACUGAUACUACUUGAAAAAUAAAACAAACUCAAACAUAUUAUUAAUUUAUUACCUAUGGUUUAUUUUUAACAGCUAAAUAGUAUACCUGUUUAAAGAAAUGUAAUUAUUGAGGCGAUCAGAGAUCUGUCUUUUCUUUGCAUUGCUGUACAUAAUGGUGAAGUUUAUUAAAAUUGCAUUGCAGUUUA